AAUAUUUAUUAUAUUAUCUGCAAAAAAAGGCUGAUAUUGAAACGUAUUUUGUCGACAAGCAGCAAACCAAAACCUCGCACAAUUGUUGUUUAACAGUCCCAGAAAUCGGUUAGGGUUUUUAAAGAAGUUAUUGAGCGGCUGACCCAAAAUGCCGCCAUAUAUCUCAGAGCUUCCCCCGUCGAGUUUGGGAAUUGCCGCACCACCAAGACGGCAAAAAAACCCUUCAGUUGACAUGUGGCUUGAAGAUAAAGUAGCAACAGAUAAUGCCGAAGGUUUGUGGAGGCUUGACGAUGGACUUUAUGAUUUAACUGCAUUCAUUCACAAACAUCCUGGUGGUGCUGAGUGGUUAGAGUUGAGCAAAGGUCUUGAUAUAACCGAAGCUUUCGAAGUACAUCAUCUCACAGAACAGCCAAAAGAAAUUUUAAAAAAAUACUUCGUGAGGAAAGCGAAGAAGAAGCGCAAUUCUCCUUUUACUUUUAAAGAAGAUGGAUUUUAUAAGACAUUAAAGCGAGAAAUUGUCAAAGUUUUACCGACUUUGCCAAGGCAAUCAGAGAGGACGACUGAUUUUUUUAUUGAUUCGUUUUUAGUAAUUUUAUUUUUUAUGGGCACCAUCGCUUGUAAAUACUGGAAUUUCUUCUAUGGGACUUUGGCUGGAAACUUUUUGGGAUUUUUAACUAUUGCGGCUCAUAAUUAUUUCCACAAAAAAGAUAACUUCAGGAUGUACUAUUUUAAUUUCUCUUUACAGACUGUAAGAGAAUGGAGGAUAAGUCACGUACUAAGUCAUCAUCUCCACACAAAUACUAUUGAUGAUUACGAAAUUUUAUCCGCCGAACCUUUUUUAAAUUAUCUUCCUGUGGAAAAAAGUAAUUUUAGGAGAUACGGACAAUGGUUUUGGGCACCAGUUUUCUGGAGUACUGGAUUCCACAGGGCUUUCGUUGGAAGGAUUGUAGAGUACAUUCGAGGAAGAAGGAAUCACAUUAAAAAAACUGAUUUUAUAGCAUUUACUUUCCCACUAUUCAUGUAUAUCUUUGGCGGACAACCCCUUCUUUGGACGCUUUUGAUGUGGACUUAUAUCGUUGUAAUUGGAAGCACACAUCUGUUUUUUGUUGGAUUGCAUGCGGCUCAUCACCACCCUGAGAUUUUCCAUGAUGGAGAUCAGCCAAGAGAGGAAUACGAUUGGGGUAUCGGUCAACUAGACGCCAUCAUGGAGAGGAAGGAAAUUUCUGGUUCUCAUUUCUUAGUGCUCACCAAUUUUGGAGACCAUGCUUUGCACCAUAUGUUCCCUACUAUAGAUCAUGCAACCCUGGAAUUAUUAUAUCCAACUUUUAAAAGGGUUUUGGCUGAAUUCGGAACCAAUCUCAGAAUGGUAUCUCAACUUGAUACACUCGCAGGCGGUUUUCAACAACUGAUUAAAGUAACACCCAGUGCUGCUCCACCGGAUUUAAAUAAGUGGGACAUUAACAAAGUAAAAUAAAAAAAUUAAUAUGCAGAAUAAGAUUACUACUUACUGAUUUACUAAGAUGUUCCCUUUAAGACCAAAUUAUUUUGAAUUAUUAUUAAUUUUAUUUAGGACUUUUAAAAGAACUGAUUAAUAUUCAAAUUAUAUAAAUUUUAUGUAUUUAAUUGUUAUUAUUUUUAAAAGGCUGCAUGAAAAAUAAUUAAAAUUUGUGAUUGUGAUUUGAUGAAAAUAUAAAUAUAUAAUAUAUGAAUUAUUAAA